CCCUGCCCCAGGGUCUCCCGCAGCCCUGGGACCCGCCCUGCUUGUGCUGUGGGAUGUUCCUCGGUGCCACCUAGUUGAGGAGGGAGAGGAAUUUCCCCUUUCAGCCUUGGGGUGUAGCUGCGCCGGUGGAACUCGUGCAGGGCCUCCUGCGCACUGUCCGAACUGUCCCUGGGCACUGGGCCGGACGCGGCGAGUCUCCCCGAGUGUCUGGUGUGGCCGGCGGCCGUUCUGGCAGCUGAAUCAGGUCAUGGCUCGCUCUGCGCUGGGCAGUGCAGCCGCCGGCAAGGAGAAAGUGUUUAUCAUGUUGGGCUCUGGGUUCAAGGCAGAGCGCUUGCGAGUCAACCUGCGCCUCGUCAUCAAUCGCCUCAAGCUACUGGAGAAAAAGAAGACUGAGUUGGCCCAGAAGGCAAGGAAGGAGAUUGCAGAUUACCUGGCAGCUGGAAAAGAUGAGCGUGCCAGGAUUCGUGUGGAACACAUCAUCCGUGAAGAUUACCUUGUGGAGGCCAUGGAGAUCCUGGAGCUGUACUGUGAUCUGCUGCUUGCCCGCUUUGGCUUGAUCCAGUCCAUGAAGGAGCUGGACUCUGGCCUAGCAGAGGCAGUAUCAACACUGAUUUGGGCUGCACCACGCCUCCAGUCGGAAGUGGCUGAGUUGAAGAUUGUUGCUGAUCAGUUGUGUGCUAAGUACAGCAAGGAGUAUGGAAAGCUGUGCCGGACAAACCAGAUUGGGACAGUCAACGACAGGCUGAUGCACAAGCUGAGCGUGGAAGCACCACCCAAGAUCCUGGUGGAGAGAUACCUCAUUGAGAUUGCUAAGAACUACAACGUGCCCUAUGAGCCUGACUCGGUGGUGAUGGCUGAAGCCCCGGCAGGCGGAGAGGCAGAUCUAAUUGAUGUGGGGUUCACGGAUGAUGUGAAGAAGGGUGGCCAUGGAGGGGGCGGAAGUGGUGGAUUUACUGCCCCAAUGAUAGGUCAUGAUGGGUUAGUACCCAUGCCCGUGAUGAUGCCUGUGCCCAUGCCAACACCAAAUCCACCCUUCUCCUAUCCACCUCCAAAGGGACCGGAGAACUUCAGUGGCCUGCCAGUGGGGACCUACCAGCCUUUCACUAACAUCCACCCACCACCAAUUCCGGCAAACCCACCCACAUACGAGUCUAUUGAUGAGCCUAACACUGACAAGGACACUGCUGCACUAGUGCCUGGGCCUGAGCCCAAGCCAGAAGCUUCUCCUAAACCAAGAGCUGGAGCUCCUAACACCUUUGAUAACUUCGUGUUGCCUGAAUUGCCAUCUGUGCCAGACACACUGCCAACAGCAUCUGCUGGCACCAACUCUUCUGCCUCAGAAGACAUUGACUUUGAUGAUCUUUCACGGAGAUUUGAGGAGCUAAAGAAGAAAACAUAAAACUUCCUGGGCUGCAGGAAGGAGGGGCAGGAGCUGUGACAUCUUCUCUCUGAAACAGACUCCCUUUGAAAUUGGUUUCCUGUAUUAACCUCCAAUGAACAUGCUCUUCUUUUUGAGCUCUCUUCCUGCUGUACUUACACCAAGUGCUGCCACUUUCCUGAUCUUUGCUGCUCCAGGAGAUGAACUGUGGGGAAUGUUGAGAGACUGGGGAAGGAAAGAGCCCCUGUCAGUCUGGGUGGCUGUAUGGGGAAGCUGUGCAUCAUGUUCUGGGCACUAUUCCUGGCUGUCUCCAUGAUGGCUCCGUGCCUGCCAGCAGAAGCUUUCUCUUGGGGAGCCCUUGCUGGCCUUCAUGGUGUUCUUGGUGGGGUCUGUUUGCAGUUUGCAGAAGGGUGGCACUGUCGGCCUGGGUCUAUUGGUUAUGCGACUGGCCCCACAGAGGGCAGAGCUAGGCAGGCUCUGCGGCUGUGCCGGGGUUGAUGCAGCAGCUUUCCUCCUGGGUGCUGAGCAGCUGUGGACCACCGAGGUCUGGGGGUGAGGCAUGGAGGGUGGUCUGAUGGGAUACGCAGCAGCACCUUGUUUCCCCUACCCGAGCUGGGGACAAGGCAUCCGGGUACCGUUCAGUACCUGUCCGUGCCACUGCCUGCAGCUCUGCCAUGCCUCUCCGUGACGCUGCCCGCGGCUGUACAGCACCUGUACUGUCCCUGUCCGUGCCCGCUUCCCGCGGGCCUCGGGCCCUUUGUCCCUCGUUCCAAUAAAGCGCGGGCCCGCGCCCGCUGUGCGCGCGCA